CACGUAAUUCUAUUGGUCAGUACGCUUCUUGGAAGGCAGUGUUUAUCACAGCGAGACCCUUGCACUAGUGUGGGUUCUUCGUUACAUGCAAGUUGGUGGCGUCACCUAUGAACUAAAACUUUAACCUUUCAGUUAAAGGCUUCUGCAGUCACCCCCUCCUCCAGCUCACAAUCUGACCACUAAGACAACAACAUGGCAAGCAUCGGCAGGCUCUCCACCAAAGAUUCAGUGCUGUUGCUGUGUGACAUGCAAGAGAAGUUCCGACCCAACAUCUUUCAGUUCACCAACAUUGUCAGCAAUGCAGCCAGACUGCUCCAGGCCUGUCGUGUUCUAGGCAUCCCCCCCAUCUUGACAGAGCAGUACCCUAAAGGCUUGGGACCCACAGUACCAGAGCUAGGAGCAGGGGACCUGACCGCUCAUGCUAAAACCUCAUUCACCAUGAUGACAGAGGAUGUGGUGAAGGAGCUGCAGACCCUGGGGAACCCCAAACAGUUCAUACUGUGCGGAAUAGAGGCACACGCUUGUAUCGCGUGUACAGCGUAUGACCUGCUUGAAAAGGGGAUGGAGGUUCAUAUCGUGGCUGAUGCCGUCUCAUCUAGAAGCCAGACAGACCGUUUGUUUGCUCUGUCCCGACUGAAGCAGAGUGGAGCUUUCCUCACCACCACAGAGGCUGUUCUGCUACAGCUGGUCCAAGAUGCCAAACACCCCAACUUCAAGGAGAUCCAGAAGCUUUUGGCCCACCCGUCCCCCGACACCGGCCUCCUCGCCUUCUUCAGCGCUCUGUAGGGAGAUCAACAUCUAUCGUUCUGUUCUAUACAUACUGUACAGAAUCUCACUGCUUCCAACAUACUGAUGCUUCAAUAAAGUGAUGCUGCUACUUUAAA